AUGAAGUUAGGUCUAUUCCAUUUUCCUGGUUUGAAUUGAGAGUCCACAGGAGAAGACGUUUGCAAUUGAAUGAAGGAAGCAAUGGGGGAUGAGGGAGCUUCGCUUCCCUCCAACUAUGUUACAUUCCUGGACCUCAAACAACGAUGGCUCCAACAACAAUCUUCUUCCAAAUCCAAAUCCAACCCUCAUCCCCACCAGUCAAACGACGCCGGCACUAAUCAACCAAAACAAGCUACUGGUUCUAGAAACCCCCUUGGAAGAAACAGCAAUCGAAUCGUUAAUCAACUCAAACCAGAUAAAAACCCUGUUCCUCGUGGAAAAAACAGCAAUCCAAUCGUUAAUCAACUCAAACCAGACGAUUCUGGUUCUAAGGACCUGGGAAGAAACCACUAUCGAAUCGUUAAUCAAGUCAAACCAGUGCAUGAUUCUGGUUCUAAAACCCUAGCUCAAGUUGCAGAUGAUCAGGAGCAUGUGUGUAAUCAAUCCAAAUCUGAACUCAAAAAGAAGAAGAAGAAGAAGAAGAGAAACCCUAGGUUUGUGACUGACCAAAAGCAAACCAGAGGUAGCACCGAACCGGAGCCAGAGAAGGAGAAGAAGCAACAUGGUUACAAAGGGAAUCGGGUUGUCACUGACCAAAAGCAAACAGGACCUGAACCUGUACAGGAGAGGAAACAACAUGGUGGACGGCGGAAUCAGGAGGUCAGGGAACCUAAAGGCAAAACGAUACCGUUUGCUCAGAAUGUGGAUGACUCUGUUGCUGCUGCCAAAGACAGAACAAGGUUGAGGGGUUCUGGAAGGUUCAAUGGUGGACGGGAUUCUGGAAGAUUCCAUGGCAUGCGAGGUUCAAAACAUCCGGUUCCCAUGCAGAUAUGGGUUAGAAAGGGGGAGUCUGAAGUCUCAUCGAGCUUCUAAACCUCUGGUAGCGUAGAGUUCUGCUGGAGGGAGCUGAGGCAAAAUGGGAAGUAGCAAAUUUAUUUUUUAGGAGAUAUUGAUAUUGAAAAAAGAAUCAACUGUUGUUUAUUUCCGUAUGUGAGUACCAACCAUGUCUCCUCAUGUAAUGGAUCUUAUGGUUAUUUUCAAUGGAUCUAAACACAUUCUUGAGUUUAUUGGCAUACCAUGGCAAUGGUGACGGUUGGUGGUGGUGAUGGCAAUUAUACAAAUCAUUUAUUAGGAGAGAAUCCCUAUGUUAUACGGUCGGUCGGUCCUAUACUGGUGUACGAUAUAUUGAUACACCCAUGUAUAUGCUCCCCGUUUUAUAAAGCUUUUAUGUGCCGGUAUAGGACUUUAUAAGGUUUCUAUACACUUGAUUUGUAUAAUUGAUGGAUUAAUGUGAAUUGUUUUUAUGA